AUGGAAGACUUGGGAUGGCGAGUCGAGCAGCAGCUCCGAGAUCUGACAGGAGCGGACGAAGACGAGGAUGAGAUCGUAGAUGAUGUUUCGAUGAGGCAGCUUCGUUGUCCAGGCAACGGCAUGUACGGCGAUGAUGACGAUGGCUUGUCGAGCGAUACAGUCUCCAACCCAGAUUUGAAGCAAAGGGACUCUCCUCGCACAAAUCCUGACCUAAACUAUCGCGACACAUGCAGAGAAUCUCCACAAAAGCGAAAUCCGCUGGCUCCACCCCGACUUCCCUUCCCUAUGGCCGCAAGUUUCCUGUCAGAAGACACUCUUGAAUUGGUUCAUGGAAGCGCAGGAUCUGCACAAGCCGUUCUUUUCUUUCGAAUGGCUAGCAUGGAUUCUGGAAGCAGAUCAGGGGGCAAGGCAACCUUCUUUGGGAUUCAUUUUCGCCAAGUUGCAAACGAACUUCUUGUUACUGAUACAGUGGCUCGCUGGAUCCGUGCGGUCAAGUCAGAAAAACUUGCAGCACUCUUCGAGCGAUUGAGAUCGGGAUACAAAUUGGAAUCAGUGAACGACAUGAGCAUACGAUCACUAGACCUCUCUACCUUAUAUUGCAUGUUCCGCGGAAAACCAGGCAGUCAUGUGAAACUAAGUUUUGUGCCAGUUGAGAGAGAUGCGCAACAAAUUCGAUCUGACGACUUCACGAUUGCAGAUGAUUCGAAGGGGUUGAAAAAUGAAAGUGCUAGAUUAAGUCUGAUCUAUCUCGUGAGCGAAAAAGUUUCCCGAUCAGUGCAAGAGCCUUCAAGUCCAACAAGUAGAGGAGAUUACUCAUUUGACUCGAUCAGGGAUGCUUUCUUGAAACGAGAUAGAGAGCUGGAGAGGCUACGUAGAACAAAUGACGCGUUAUGUCUUCGAAUUCGAGAAAUGGAAGAAGAAGGACAAGAUCUUGUUGUCCAUGUGGAGAAGGAGAUGGAUCGAUUGGUUUCUAAAGUGUGCGAUUCUUGGCAACAGCUUGAGCAUCAGCUAUCCAAGGAAGCACUUUGCACUGUGCGAGCCGAGCAAACUCUUGAUCUCAUUGAACACAACAUGGAGUUGAUUCGAAUUGAAAGCCAAAACGCCAAAAAGCAGAUUGAAAAACUGCAAAUUGAUCAAGGAUUUGAUUUCAGUUCAACAAGGAAUGAAUGUUGGAAGGAAAUUGAUGAGGCAAGAGCACAACUGACGGCUUGUGAGAAAGAGAAUAGCGAGCUUAAGAAGAAAUUGAAAUUGCUUUGCCCGUCUGAUUGCAAACCAGCCUCAACGAUGUGGACAACACUGUCAUUAUUAUUUAUUUUCCUAAUGUGCUUCACAGUACCCUGGGUUGUGACACUUCAUGAGUACCACUCAAGGCAGUGUAAUCUCAUUCACUAUGGAGUCCACGGCGUUGUUAUGAACAAGAUGAAUGAGGGAAUAUGUGACCUCAAUGAUGUCGAGUAUAAUGAGGCAAUGCUUUCCAAAUCUGAAGAAAUUUAUGGAGAGCUUCGAUGGAGACUCGCUUCAAAUACUUUUCACAAACGACAAAAUGCAGGCUCCAUUCUGGGCAAGAUUUCUGAGUUGCAAAACGGCACAGCCAGAAGAGUAGCUUGUUUGAAGAAUGAAGCUUCGUUUGGAAUGUUCAGGACCGGCAAAGAAGUGCAGGAUUGCAAGAAGAUCAGAGAUUCGCUUCACGCUCAAAUUUCUGCUGUGACUUCUCAAGCAAAAAAGGACUCAGUUGAGUGCAAUGCCCUCACAAAGAAGUUGCAAUCAGAGAUUCAAAACUACAACGAUUUAAACAUCAAAGCUAAAAAUUGCAAGGAAUCUAUUGAAACCAAAGAUUUGGUUAUCAAACAAAUUCAAUUGAACAAUUCUGCUCUUUUUGAACAAAAUCGUAAUUUGACAGCCCUUGUCAAAGCGUGUCUGCAAGACAAAGAUGAAACGAAAAAAAGGGAAAUGGAGUCGUCCAGACUACUUUCGACCUGUAGAUUAGACAUGAUUGCAAGUCAGCGAGAUUGGAAAAAUGCGCUGCAGCAAGUUGCACAACUAACGGAAGGUUUCACGUCUAUGAAAGACAGUCAGCGAAUGGCUACAGACCAUCACCAAUAUGUGCGAACCUUUGACAAAAAGCUUUCAUAUUGUGGAUUUCAAAAAUUCAGUGAAGAUGAACCUCCUCAUUUCCCUGAAAGUUCGGAAUGCUCCAAAUCGAAUGAAGGAUUAAACAGCAUGUUUAUGGAGGUUCCUAUGUCAGUUUGUGCUCAAGUUCCUACGAGAGAUAACGCUGCCUUUGACGGAUGCCUUCCCGGGCAUGUUCCAAUCAUUUACAACGACAAUCGAUUCUUCUCGAGUUCUACAGAAAAUUGUGUCACAUCGAAAGAAUGGAAUGACUGCAUGGCGAGGUCGGAAGAUCAACGAUAUUGGAAGCAGCCGCUAGCGUGUUGGGAGAUGCUCUUUUCAAACCGUACAUCGAAGACUCAAGGCAAAAGGAUUUGCUCUGCACAAGCCAGCAGAGAGCGAGUUUGGGUGAAAGUCAAGUCUUCACAUGUCAAUAUGUCGACACCCAGCUUCAAGUCGCCUUCGAGCCUCUUGUUGGUACAGAGCAGGGAGCGUAUCCCAGACAUUCAGUUUGAACGAGACCAUUUCGACGAAUUCUGGGACAUGGGCGAUGAGGUGUUGAAGGCUUUACAGAUGCGAAGGAGAGAAAACUUUGUGCCCUUGACGUCGGAGCGAAGAAGACAUGUGAAUAUUCCUUGCCCGCCCGACUUUGAUUGUGAGCUUUGGGAGCGCCACAGCAUCGUGACUGUCACAGCUACCGACCUAUUUGGCAAGCAUCACGUUCUGUAUCAAUGGACUUUCAUCGAGGAACCACACUCCACCUUCACCAGAAUGCGCAGAAAGGAAAAGAAAGAAAAAUCAAAGCGCCGUCGUCACGGUUUCGAUAAAUAUGACUUUGGUCGUCUGACAAGCUUGAAAUUGUCUCUACUUCCAGAAUUAUCAGGCAGAACUGAAUGA